UGACCAAUCAGCGCGCGAGCUCCUCGGCACUUCCUCGAGGCCGCGUACCGAGCGGGAGCUGCGCGCGCGCGGGUCGGAAGUCUCAUUCCGAGAGGGGGAAAAAAAGAAAUAAAACAAUAAAACAACAAAAAACAAACACUGUCAAAACUUUGCGAAUAUGGAUCACUACACAAAAUAUUGAUCUGCGGACUGAUUAAGCAGCGCCAGGACUGAUAAAAAGCGCAUAUAAGGCGGAUUCAGGGGCGUUGGGGGAAGAGUUAGCCGCUAAUGCUAACGCACGAGACUAUUGAGAGUCUAGACUAACUCACUGAUUUAUGAUCUGACAGAUUUAAGCGCAAUCUCAACUAUAAACUGUACAAACUGAGGGGUUUAACACAGAGAAGUGACCGGAAAGCGUGUUAGCGGAGGUGUUUAGUCUUGUUUUCGGCGGCCGGUGGUUUUGAGGCCUGCUGUGUGAGGAGUUAGUUUCUCAGGUUAGAUAAACAGAGCCCUGGUUUAACUGUUAAACGCGCUAUUUAUCUCAUACACACGUGUCUGGAGAGGAGAUGUCGGCCCAGGCGCAGAUGCGGGCCAUGCUGGACCAGCUCAUGGGAACCAGCAGAGAUGGCGACACGAUGCGACAGAGGAUCAAGUUCACGGAUGAGCGUGUGUGUAAGAGUCAUCUUCUGGAGUCCUGUCCUCACGAUAUACUGUCUGGAACUCGCAUGGAUCUGGGCGAGUGUGUGAAGAUUCACGACCUGGCUCUGAGAGCGGAUUAUGAGAUCGCAGCUAAACAGCAGGAGUUUUUCUUUGAGCUGGAUGCCUCAGAGCACCUGCAGUCCUUCAUCGCAGACUGUGACCGAAGAACUGAACUGGCCAAGAAGCGUCUGGCCGAAACGCAGGAAGAAAUCAGCGCUGAAGUGGCAGCCAAGGCGGAGCGUGUGCACGAGCUGAACGAGGAGAUCGGGAAGCUGCUGGCGCGUGCGGAGCAACUGGGUGGCGAGGGGAACGUGGACGAGGCUCAACAGGUGCUGGAGAAGGUGGAGAAGACGCGCACCCUAAAGAAGGAGGCAGAGGACAUAUACCGCAACUCAAUGCCGGCCUCCAGCUUCCAGCAGCAGAAGCUGCGAGUGUGUGAGGUUUGCUCCGCCUACCUCGGCCUCCACGACAACGACCGCAGACUCGCCGACCACUUUGGAGGGAAACUACAUCUAGGGUUCAUCGAAAUCCGUGAGAAACUGGACAAACUGCGGAAAGCUGUGACGGAGAAACAGGAGCGCAUGCGCACGAAGAGGAGAGAGGAGCGCGACAGGGAAGAGGAGCGAGCCAGAGAGUGGGAGCUGGAGAAAGAGCGGGAGCGCGAGAGGGAGCGUGAGAGGGAGCGCGAGAGAGAGAGCGGGAGAGAGAGAGAACGCAGGAGGUCCAGAUCCAGGAGUGGCGAGCGAUAUCGGGAAGGAGGAAGCUCGUCCUCCCAUCGCUCUCGUCGGCACCGUGAGGAUGGAGAGCGGGAACGAGAGCGCGAGAGGAAACACAGACACAAAGACCGCCAUCGCUCUCGCUCCCACUCGCACAGGAGCAAAAGGAAGAGUACUGGCUCUGACGCGGAUUUCUCCAGGUCUUCCCACGCCAGAGACCCGGAACAGCCUGUCCCUCAGGAGCGGUGGCGGGAGACCCCCGCGGACGAGAGAUGGCGGGACAACGGGCGCCGCGACCCGGAGCGAGAACGCUCCCCGGCCUCCCCGGACGUCGGCCAGAUGGGGGAGCGGGAGCGGUCCGUGUCUCUGGAGCGGGACCAGCGCUCCAGCUCCGAGGAGAGAGAGUCCGGGGAGAUCUAGCACACGAGAACCAGACACUUUACAGCGAUCCCGUCGCGUCCUGCAGCCGGCAGUCGCCCACACUGAUCCGUCAAUACCUGAGUGACCGCUUCAUCCGGUUACUUACACAUCAGUAGAAGCUCGGCGGCUACAGAGAGGAAGCCAGUCGCAGAUGUGUGUGUGUGUGUGUGUGUGUGUGUGUGUGAGUGUGAGACCAGCAUCAUUAUUUGAGAUACAAACAACGCCUCAGACAGCAAGAGUUACGCACCGUGAUCUAGUCAGCAAAACCAAAAGAACAUUUGAUGGAAGUGUGUUUAGGGGAAGGAGUGUGUUUAGAAGUAGGUUAUUUUUUAUCUUGGAAAAUAAGGGCGGGCGGAUGAAGGAAACGCCUGCGGGAAUAUAAACCAACACUGAAGAUAACGUGUGUUUUUUUUUUUUUUUUUUUCAGCAUUUUAAACUGGUUAUUUUUCCCCUUUUUUAAUAAUUAAAGGUCGUUGAAUGGCUGAAAUGAUUUUGAUGUGGAUGUUAUUUUCUCAUGUUUCCCCCCCUCUGGUUUCAUUUUGUCAUGGAUUAUAAACUCGGCUGAACGGAGAUCUUUCUUAACCUGGUGAUUUUGAGUUUCAUCCCCCCCCACACACACACAUAAACCAGACCAAGUUUUCACACGUAACCGCACACGUUUAUAGCUCGGCUUUCCUUGUUUCUCAUGGUACCAGGAUGUUUCCGGAGUUUCUCUUUUCCCCUUUUUAUCACUCUUUGGUUUUGCGCUGUUGAGACGUUGUCUUGAAACUUCAUCUUGCCUUGUCAUUAUGCUAUGAAACAAUAAAUCUGUUGCUUUCGUUGUUUA